UUCCGCCAAAUACGUAUUUGUAACAUCAAUAGGACUACACUUCCCAGGAUUCACAGCUCUGUAUGCGCGAAGUCAUCGAACGCCGUCGCAGUUAUCGCGAUAUCACUGUAUUGAUGUCUAGUUAUGCACUAGAAAGUGUCAGUGAGGUUAGACUGGGUAACAAUUUCUCAAACCACUCAAACCAGAGACUAGUGUUUAAUUCGCCUCGUGAAUGCCUGAAUCUGAGCUUUUGUAUUUGUGUUUUUAUAAACUGGACGUGUGACACCGUGAGGGAAAGACAACAGCAGCGGUCUCAUCCAAACUGUACAGGCCAACAGUACCACAACUGGAUCAAACAGUGUGUCGUAAAGCGAGCAAAUGGCGCUGAAAAGAAUCCAGAAGGAACUGACAGACCUACAGAGAGAUCCACCAGCCCAAUGUUCAGCCGGACCAGUCGGAGAAGAUCUGUUUCACUGGCAGGCAACAAUAAUGGGGCCGAAUGACAGUCCGUAUCAAGGAGGAGUGUUCUUUCUUACAAUUCAUUUCCCAACAGACUAUCCCUUUAAACCACCAAAGGUCGCAUUUACAACAAAAAUCUACCAUCCCAACAUUAACAGUAAUGGGAGUAUUUGCCUGGAUAUCCUCCGAUCUCAAUGGUCACCUGCACUUACUGUUUCCAAAGUGUUGUUGUCCAUCUGUUCCCUGUUAUGUGACCCAAACCCAGACGACCCCCUUGUACCUGAGAUCGCACAUACAUAUAAAGCAGACAGAGAAAAGUACAACAGACUAGCAAGAGAAUGGACGCAAAAAUACGCCAUGUAAGAGUGCCUGUGACUAAAACACUAAAGAAGCAAAAGGACAAAGAAACGUGUUUUUACUUUUAACAAGAGGAGUAAAAAUAAGUGAAUGUUGAGGGGUGGGGACAACUAAACAACAAACCCUUGGAGAGAGGAGCCAGGAGAAAGCGGAGGUGAGGAGGCUGGUGAAUCCGCUGUCAUGUGCCGUUCUCCCAGACCCAGUGUCAGAGCGGCCUACCCUGGAAUAUUCCAGGAAAACUGUAAAACCGGACAAACCUCGGGGUACCACAACCCAGGAUGUUAGACUUGUACUACUGUUAGUUCUAUUAUUGUUAUUAUUGUGUAUUUUCUUCGUGUUAAUGUUGCCAUUCUUUAACUUGUCACCUCUGUUAAUGUGCUCUUAUUGAUGUCACUAUUAUGUUUUGCCGAAUGAUGAUAUGUCAGGAAGUUGAAUUAAUACUGGCGAGGCAGGCCUGGUCAUCUCAUUGGAGUCUAUGGGAAUCAUUUUGAAUAUGGGUACUAAAAUUUGACUCGGUUCAAUGGAUUCAGACAGAAUGUAAAACUAUUAUGUUUGAACAGUUUGAAAAAGACCUCGCUUGAGACUCCGCCAGCCGACUUCAAGUCGUGACAUUUCAUGAAACACUAUGAAUGUGAUUAAAAGCUAAAGGUAAUUGAGCAAAUAGACAUUUUGACAGACUGCGGUCAAAAAAAAUGGAUGAGCUGGUCUACAACUUUGUGCUGUAAAAAAGGGAAAUAUUUGACAUUUUUAAUUUAAACAGUUUAGUUGGUUAUAGUCAUAUCUCUUUUCAACAUAUUUUUCAUUUAAUCUGUUUCAGAUUUAACUCAUUUGAUAUUCACCUCAGCUGCAUGUGCAUGAUAUGGCAGAUGUGUACGUAUUUGUUUUGAUAAUUAUUGUAAAAUUGCUUUAGAAAUCAGCAGAUUUGUAUACCUGUCUUAAAAAUUUGCCCACAAUUGCUUGCAAAAGAAGGGGAGAAAAAUGUGAACGAAAAAGAUAACGCCACCAUUUCUGCCAAAUUUGAUAAAUCCCCUUUCAUAUUUGCAGGCAAAGGGUAGGUCAUAGCGUAUGAAUGCAAUAUUUUUCACUUGUUUAGCAUUUAUCUCUUCUACAGAUCUAUCUGCAAGAGUGUAAUUCUUAAUCUUUAGAUACUCUUGUUACUGUAGUUACUAAUAUAACUAACGUCUUGACUGAGUAGAUGGUACGUUUAAUGUGACCAGCACAGGUGCUAGACUUAAGUACUUGUACUGUAGAUUUAUUGUUUAUCAAGAUGUUUACACCCGACAGGAAAGGAACUGUAAGGUUGAAAAGUGUGAAGAUCUCACUUUCCCCCGGUGCUGCUCUUGAAAAGCCCAUGCCUCUAUUUUACUAGGUUACUAGACUCCCUGAAAAGGGCUAAAUGUUGUCAGGAUUAUCUUUAGCACCAUAUUUGUGUACUGCCACACAAGACAUUUGAUUUGGCUUUGGAUGUGUUUUUAAAGGGAUAGUUUAUCGUUUACUCAACCUCAAGUGACUGCAGAAUUUUCGGGAUGGCUUUACAAUAAGGAUGGAUUUGUUAAUUAAGGGAUAAUCAAUGGCUUGCAUUGAAGGUUUUUAACUUCCUGGCGCGGAGGCAAAGAACCACCUGACAAAAUAAGCAGCUUACUGUAAAUAAUAGGGCUCAUAACAAUUAAUUGCGACUAAUAUGUGUGUAUUGUGUAUAAUAAUUUUGUAUACAUAAAUACAUAUGCAUGUAUAAUUUUAAGAAAAAAAUGUGUAUAUAUUAAGUAUUUAUAUUUAUUUACAUGUGUAUAUAAUAUAUAUAUAUAUAUAUAUAUAUAUAUAUAUAUAUAUAUAUAUAUAUAUAUAUAUAUACGCAUGUAAAUAUUUCUUAAAUAUACAUGUGUGUGUAUUUAUAUAUACAAAAUUAUUAUACACACAUGUAUAUGAUGUAAGCAAAACUUUUAUUUUUGCAAACGAUGAAUUGCGACUAGUUGUUAUGCAGCCCUAGUAAAUAACUCUUUUUGUGUUUCUCAAAAAUGAAUACAGGUUUUAAAGACAUGAGAGGGAGUAAAUGACAAUGUUUCUUUAGGAGGACAUAAUUUCCAUUGGGUCAAAUUUGUAUAACAUUUUUUGAAUGUUUAAAAUUAUGCCAACUUUCCCUUGACUCAAAGGCUUAAGUGCCAUCUUUUACCCUGAUUAUUUUCAUCACUUAAUGGUUACACAUCUUUUAGAACGUUUAAAUGUAUUUAUUUAUUCGCUAUUUAUUUGUUGUCUUCCAGUCAUUGGUUUAAAUGAAUUCAGUCUGGUUUAAUGUGUUGUGUUCUGUAUAAUGGUUCAUCUGGCAAUUCGAGUUACAACAUUAUUAUGAGAUUGCGCUAAGGCAGUAUGCAUGCUUUGCACUCUGGUGGGCUACAACCUUCUCCCGCAGCUAUUUGCAAGAUAUCAGGGAUAUUUUUAUCCAUUCACCUCCCCCGAGACCUUCAAUAAAACUCCAGCCUUAACAUCAUUGUAUAAGCAGCUGUACUGUAUUGUUAACCUUUGUGUUUUACCUUUGGAUUUGGGUUUUAACUAUUGGAUAGGUACUGUACUUUUCUGUGUAACACACACACACAGAGCCAUAAUAACUUCUUGAUAACUGUAUGUGCUAUAAAGGCCCUGUCAUCUAACCUGCUCUCUCAUGAAAACUAGACUCAGUAUAGCUGAGACUAACCUCCAAGGUGUCAACUUUAGUGAAUAAAGCUCCUUUUGUUUUA